UGAAUAGCGCUCGAUCUUUGAAUGAAGUUGUUCCCUAACUUUCAACUCAGUUUGUUCCACAAACACGCGACAUGUAGACCGGUGUAGGCAUAUUCCACUUCUCAUUGGAUGCACGCUCAAUUUACAGGAUCGUCUGUGGAUUAAUACAAAUAAAAACAAACGAUCUUUUCGGAUGAAGUGAUAAUUAAAAAGGAUAGUUGUGCAAAAUGUCCGGAUUGGACAAGGAUAGAUUUCACAGGGCUGCUCGGGACGGAUUUUUGGAUUUGUUGAGAGAUGCGACGAGAAAAGAUUGCAAUGCUCCGGAUGAGGAUGGAAUGACUCCCACGCUUUGGGCAGCUUAUUAUGGGAAUUUAGAUGCUCUAAGGCUCAUAGUUGGACGGGGAGGAGAUCCUGACCGCUGCGACCAUUUUGGAAAUACAGCUCUACACUGGGCAGCAGCAAACGGUCACAUGAACUGUGUGUCGUUCCUCGUCAACUUUGGUGUUUCUCUCUGGGCACUGGACAAUGAUUUUCACACGGCGUCCAAUGUCGCUGCCAUGAACCAAAGGGACGAAAUCAUUCGAUAUUUGGACGACGUCGUUGCCAGACAGAGUGCCCUUAACAAAAAACUAGUUCAGAAGCUGAAGGAGAAAUCUGUGAUCGACACCGAAAAACGAAUAAAACAGUAUCAAAAGCUUCAGAGGAAAGCCGCCAAAAGAGCCGAAAAGGAAGAGAAAGAAAUCGAAAAGCAAAGGCGAAAACUAUAUGGUUCGGAGUUCCAGCUAAAUGGCAUCAUCAGCAAGGCUUCCAGUCUCACCUUGGCGACUUUGAAGCGUGAUUGCAAAAUAACGUACGCAUCGCCAAAGUAUUCAGACAUCAUCAGCAAUGGUGCGGGUACGACGAAGAAGGGUCUUGGUGCUGUGUCCAAAAGGAUUCAGCAAAAGAAGCAGCACGUGGUGAUGACAGCGGCCGACUUCAAAGUGAGGGAAACAGAACUAAACGGCAAAAGAUCAAUCCGAUCUCUAUCUGGACUUCUAAGAGAUUCGGAAGUACUGUAUGUACCUAAAUACGACACUCAGAGUACAACUUCGGGUGGUAACAACCACAGGAGACACAUGAAAGAUGUGUUUGACACCAAGAGCGAAUUGUCCAGGGCAAUAAGCGAACCCGACUUCCUCCACACGACAGAUUCUGGUUUCGGUGACGAUGUUUCACCAUUGGAGACUGCUGGCAGUAUCUUCGAAAGACCAGGAUUUGGUUCUGUGGCAUUCAGGAACUCUAUGUCUGGUACAUUGAUGUCUCUGCCUUCCACGUCCACCGAAGAAAAUGACGAUGAAAGUGAUGAUGAUAUUGAUUCGAUGAGAGCCAGUGAGAAAGACUCUGACGUGCAAAAUGGCUCAGUCGAAGACAGUAUAGGAAGUGCUGGUAGUCUGGCUCAAAGAAAUAAUCAUCCUCCUUGGGAAGAUGAUGAAGGACAUUUUGAUGAUGAAGAAGGACUGGACGCUACGCCUCUCGUUGUCUUCCUCGUCGCACAUGGUUUAAUGGAAUACACAGCAGCUCUGGCCAAAGAAAAAAUCGACCUGGAGGCACUCAUGCUUCUCACAGAAGAAGAUCUGAAAGACCUCGGACUCCCCCUGGGCCCACGAAGGAAGUUGGCCAAGGCCAUUGAAGAUAGAAAAAUGGCCAUAGUCACUCCAGGAGAUCUAAUGGAUUCUAAACUGUAACUUUAUUUAUGCAUCUGAACUCAAUGCAGUUUCAAUCGAUCAAUACUAGUUGGGCAAUUUCCUUGUGAUGGCAUUGCUUAAGCAGUUGGCAAUGUUUUGACUGAAAACACACUAUCUAAUCAGUGAUGAAUUCAAAGAAAAUCAGUGAUGGAUUUAUCCUGAUGAUGGCAUGGAACAUUUAAAUGUUAGUGAAAAUACAUUGAGUUAAAAAAAUUCUAUAAACUGCUGUGAUAAUAUGCAUAUGUAAUUUUGAUAAGUGAUUAUACCUUUUUUUCUUUUCUCCUGUGCUUGACUUUUGUUGUGAAAGUGCCUCAUUAUCUUAGUUUUGAAUGUAAAACUCAGCUGCAUGUCGAUUUAUUUCGUAUUUAGGGAAAUGAUUUGGCAGCAUGGAUUCCAAAAAAAAACACCACCUGUGGAUUUUGAAAGCUGCCCGCAUUUGUGUGCGACGCUGUGUAUUUUCUCCUUAUUUAUUUUUUUUAUAUUGAUGCAUAAAUUAUUCAACUGUAAGAAUAGUUCUUAUUAAGGAAAGCAUUGAUUAUAUAAUUAAAUAGAUGAAUAAAUUCAAGGGCAAUACAACAAAAAAGGUUUUUGUGAAGAACUUUCAAACAUCUGAACUACUGCGUUUCAUUUAUUCCAUUUAUUUAAAUUUUUAAAUAAAUGGAAUGUUUUAAACAGACGAACAAUUUCUAAAGAGUUAAUUAAUUUUUAAGGACUAGGGAAAAUUAAUUUUAAUACUCAAAUCCAGAAUCGUCAUUUCAAGAAUACUACACUAAAAACUAAAUACAAUAAAUUGCUAGUAAAAUACCUUAAUAUUAUGAGUCAAAUAUCAUUUUAAACAAUAGGAAAAUUCUAAAUACAUUAUUAAUACACUGUACACUACAAAUCGUUAAAUCAUGUUAUCACUUAAUCGGGAAUUAAGGGAACUCUACCUUCGCCAACCUUGGUCAGAAAAAAAAAUGCAUCAUACCCAGCAAAAAAAUUUAUCUUUUUAAGCGAUGAAUUUAAUUAGUAUAUUUUCUAUUUCAUAUUUUAGUAAAAUAUUGUUACAAUUCUGUUGCUACACAUUUUGAGCAGGAAUGAUUUGCAUUGUAUUAAUAAAUGUGCAAAAUGUAUUUACACUAAGUUCAUUUCAUCAAACUCAAGUAUUUCUCAUGCCGCGAUCAUUAAGUAGCAUCAUAAAUUCUAUUACUAAUUUCAAUUGAAUAUCUAUUUAAAAACCCUUUUACUGAAAAAAAGGCACAGUAUAUAAUAAUUAUCAUAUUUUAUACUUGACAUUAUCAUUUUAUAUCAUUCUAUAAAAUGACUCGACAUUCUAUAAAAUGUCUACAUUUCAUUAAUAAAUUAUUAUUUACUUAAUUUAUUUUUCUAAAAAUACUUUCUCGCUAUAUGUUAAUACUUUACAGCGAAUAUAAAAAGAUUAAUUUGGAAUUUCAUAAAGUUUAUAAUUGUUUUUUAUUUUUGAUUUGCUGUCGUAAUUUUGAAUACGUCUUGUUUUAAACUGUCAGGAAAAUUUCGUGAAAACAUUAUGUAUAUAAGAAUGUUAAUCUCUGUAAUAUAAUCAUCGCAGUUUUGUACAAUAAGUUGAUUUACUCACUGUAUGAAUGAAAAAUUUUAAUUAAUGUUUGUAUUAGAAAAGUAUUAUAUGUUUUUGCAUGAUCAUGUCAAGUCAUGUUGCCUAUCAGAAAUCCGUCCAAGAAUAUAAAAAUCUAUUUUUUUUCCAAAGAUUAAAUAUUGUUACAUUUAAUCUUAUUAAUUGUUUGUUAUAAAUAGAUAUCUUUUAUUAAAAGCUUGUAAAUAAAAAUCAUGCAUAUAUUAGAUAAAGUUCAAUUUUUCUUUCUUUCUAAAAAUAGCACAUUGCUUUAGAACACAUUUAAUAUCUUAAGACCAUUUUGAAAAGAUACGUGUACAAAUAAUGUUAAGGCAUUCUAAUAGGACAAGCAACUGUAAAUUUGUCCAAAUGUCACGCAAAGCCUAUCAUAAAUCCGUCCAUAGAUAUAUGUGUAAAAAUAAUGUUAAUGCAUUACAUGUUUGUGCAUUACCAAUCAAUGUAAAGCAAAGUCUAUGAGAAAUCCUUCCAGAUUUUGUAUUUUCUAAAGAUUGAAUAUUGUGAAGCAGUAACUUGUAAAUAAACAAAUGCAUAUAUUACCUAAAGAACUAUUUUUUGUCUAUAAGCGCAUAUCAUUAUAUCACUCUUAACAUCCUGAGGUUAUCUUAAUUUGCUAAAAGGUUAUCACGUUUAGCCUUUGUAAUAGCAGUCGUAAUUGUAAAUUUGUGCAUAGCCAAUGAUAUGCAAAGCCUGUCAGAAAUCCGUCCACACAUUUAAAUAAUCUACUUUUCUAAAAAUUGAUUUGUAAUAUAUGUAAAUAAUUGUACGUCUCACAUUGUAUACCGUAUAUUCUUUGUAAACUGAAAGCACUUUAUAUAAAUUUAUACAUUAUAUUUUAACAUGUUAAGCCUCAAAAUUUGCCUUCAUGUGUAUAAAAAUGUUAUACCAUUGUAAUAGAACAAGCAUUAAGUUUGUGCAUAACCAAUAUGCUAUGCAAGGCCUAUCAGAAUUCCGUCCACGAAUUUAUAAAGUUGUACUACUUCCCAAAGAUUUGUUUCGUCAUGUAAUUAUCUGUAAAUAAAAGAACGAAAUGUA